UCAAGGCCAAAGAUGUUUUACACCUGCUAGGAUGUAUAGGCCAACAGCCCUCAGUGCAGACUCACCUAGGUCACAAUGUCAGUAGUGCUGAGGUGGAGAAACCUCCAUCAGACAGAGCCUCAAAUUCCUCUUUCUCGUACUGACAGCUGUGAAGUUGGUUGAAAAUGGGAGUCAAGAAGAAGAAAGACACGCAAGUGGCUGCACUGACCGUGUAUCACCAGGACCUGGAGACUCUGAAAUCUUUUGCUGACGCAGAGGGGAAGAACCUAGCUUCCUUACUGUUGCGGUGUGUCCAGCUCACGGAUGGAGUGUCACAAAUCCAUUGUGUCAAACAGAUUGUGCCUUUACUGGAGAAGAUAGAUAAAAAUAGUGUAUGUGAUCCCACAAUUCGAAGCUGCUUCAGUAUCUUAGCAAGCAUUUAUUUUUCUCUGAGUUUAAAGAAUCCGUUGAAGAAAGUGUUGGCAAGCUCACUAAAUGGCCUACCUGAAUUUUGUCUUACUGAGGCUGUUCAAAGUUUUACUUUUCGUCUUGGGGAAGAAUUGAAUACCACUGAUAUAUAUUCUUAUAGGAAAGUAUUUGACAAUAUAUCUUCCUGUGUGGAGAACUUUGACUUGGGCAGAACAAGUGUUAAUAAUCUGCUUAAAAAUGUGCUUUAUUUUCUGCAGAAGAGUUUAGUUGAAAUUCUGGAAGAAAACAGAAAAUUUGCUGGGAAUCAUAUUGUUCAAACACAGUUGAUGAAUGACUUGUUGGUAGGCAUUAGAGUUUCGGUGAUGUUAAUACAGAAAGUACAAGGUUUCCAGGGAAGUCUUUUGAAGACUUCCAGUUCUCCCAUAUGGCACAGUAUGUGUGGAUUGCUGAGUAUUUUCACCAAGUUUUUAAGUGAUGAUGACCUCCUACAGACUAUUCAGAGCACAUCUGGAUUAGCUGUUAUUCUUUUUAUUAAGACUAUGUUCCAUCCAUCUGAAAAACUUCCUUAUUUGAUUAGCAGUCUGCUACUCCGUUCCGUGGAUUGCAGCAGCAUCCCCGACUGGUUCCUGGGCAGCUGCAAGAGCCUUUGUUGUGCCAGUCUUUCUGGAUCCGCUCUCCUGUUCCUGUGCCAGGGGACACUGGCCAUGCUGGACUGGCAGGGUGGGAGAUUGGGUCUGAGUGGGGAGGCCCUGCUAUUGGAUACUGCACAUGUUUUAUUCACCUUGAAUUCACAGAUUAAGGAAGCAACACUGGAAAUGUUUCUGUCUAGAAUCUUGGCAACCUGGACUCAUUCAGCCCUACAGGUCCUUGAAUCAGGUUCCCUGGGUCUGAAGGACAGUUUGAACGGGAAUUCAAGCAUAGCUCAGAGACUUUUGGAAUAUGUCUACACCCAUUGGGAACAUCCAUUGGAUUCUCUGAGACACCAAACCAAAAUCAUAUUCAGAAAUCUUCUCCACAUGCACCAGCUCACUGUGGAAGGGGCAGAUUCGGUCUCUGAUCCUUUCUUUUCGGGAUUGACGGGGAAUCUUCUGCAACUGGAAUGGCAUAUUAAAGGAAAGUACAUAUGCCUUGGCUGUUUGGUGGAGUCCAUUGGAGUCCAACAUAUUUUGGCAGUAGAUAAAACCAUUCCCUCUCAAAUCUUAGAGGUGAUGGGGGACCAGUCAUUAGUACCUUAUGCAAGUGACCUCUUGGAAACCAUGUUUAAAAAUCACAAGAAUCACUUGAAAUCUCAGACUGUUGACAGUGCCUGGAUUGACCAAUGGCAUGAGACAUGGGUUUCUCCCCUCCUGUAUAUACUGUGUGAAGGAAACCUGGACCAGAAAUCUUAUGUAAUUGAUUAUUACUUGCCAAAAUUGUUGAAUUACAGCCCUGAAAGCUUAAGUUACAUGGUCAAGAUUCUUCACACUUCUAUUGACGCCAAAAUGGGGUCUUAUAACAGCAGAGGGGCCCUGGGGGCUUUGAUGGCAUGUCUGCGAACAGCCAGAGCUCACGGACAUCUUCAGUCAGCAACUGAUGCUUGGGAGAACCUUGUGUCUGGUGCCAGAAUAAAGCAAGGCUUAAUUCAUCAACACUGCCAAGUACGAAUAGACACUUUAGGUUUGCUUUGUGAAAGCAAUCGAAGCACAGAAAUUGUAUCCACAGAAGAAAUGCGGUGGAUUCAGUUUUUUAUCACAUACAAUCUUAACAGCCAGUCUCCAGGGGUGCGGCAACAGAUUUGCUCUCUUCUUAAAAAGCUGCUUUGUAGGAUCCGGGAAAGUUCCCAGGUCCUCUAUAAAUUACAGCAAAGUAAGUCCAGCCGUGAACUAGCAGAUGAGUCAAGCAAGCAGCAUCCUUCUGUGUCUUUACAACAGUAUAAGAAAUUUAUGUCAUCUAUUUGUGACAGUCUUUUUGAAGCAUUGUUUCCUGGGUCUUCCUACUCCACUAGAUUUUCAGCUUUAACCAUUUUAGACUCAAUAGCUGACGUUUUUCCUGUUCAAGAAGAUGGAGUCCAGACAGUAUAUCAGAUAAGUGAUGAUAUUGAUGUUGGUCGUUUCCAAACACUAAUGGAAUGUUUUACCAGCACAUUUGAAGAUGUGAAAAUUUUAGCAUUUGAUCUUUUGAUGAAGUUGUCAAAAACAGCUGUACAGUUUCAGGAUUCUGAGAAGUUGGAACGCUUGUUCCAGGCAGCCUUGGAGCUCAGCACAAGCCCCAAACCCUAUGACUGUGUCACAGCUUCCUACUUGCUGAAUUUCUUAAUCUGGCAGGAUGCUCUGCCGUCAUCUCUGCCUGCCUACUUAACCCAGCGAGUUGCAUGCAAAGGUGGCAAUACGUCCGCUGCUGUGGUGGAAAGGAACACACUAAUGGUUGUUAAGUGCUUAAUGGAAUAUCUUGAGGAAGAGAUCUCCAAGGCUGAACACUCUCUGCUUCAGGCGGCAGCAGCCUUUCCAAUGUAUGGGCGAGUUCACUGCAUAACGGGAGCUUUGCGGAAGUUAUCCCUCAACCGCCUGCAGCUGCUGAGUGAGUGGAGACCCGUGGUGGAGAAGCUCGUCUCUCUAUCCUACAGGCUGUCUGCUGUGGUGUCCCCGGUCAUUCAGAGUUCCUCCCCCGAGGGUCUUAUCCCCAUGGACACUGAUUCAGAGUCAACAAGCCGCUUACAGAUGAUUCUGAAUGAGAUUCAGCCACGAGAUACUAACGAUUACUUCAACCAAGCGAAACUGUUGAAAGAAUGUGAUAGCUUGAAUUUGGAGGACUUGACUAUUAAUACUACUGAAGUCAAAGGUAAAGAAGCAAAAGCAUGUGAUGUGACUGCUCAGAUGGUCCUGGUAUGCUGUUGGCGAAGCAUGAAGGAAGUUGCUUUACUUCUAGGCACCCUGUGCCAAUUUCUGCCCAUACAAUCUGUGCCAGAAUCUUCUGAUGGAUUAUUAACUGUGGAGCAGGUAAAAGAAAUAGGAAGUUACUUUAAACUGCACCUUUUACAGUCCAGGCACAGAGGAGCAUUUGAACUGGCUUACACUGGUUUUGUGAAGCUCACUGAAGUACUAAACAGGUGCCCUAAUGUGAGUCUGCAAAAGCUACCUGAGCAGUGGUUAUGGAAUGUUCUGGAGGAAAUUAAAUGCAGUGAUCCUUCAUCUAAACUCUGUGCUACAAGGCGCAGUGCUGGAAUCCCAUUUUAUAUACAGGCAUUGUUGGCAUCGGAACCAAAGAAAGGUAAAAUGGAUUUGUUGAAAAUAACAAUGAAGGAGUUAAUUUCUUUGGCUGGGCCUACAGAUGACUCAAGGAGCACAAUCCCCCAGGUUCAUGCCUUAAAUAUCCUUAGAGCUUUGUUCAGAGAUACACGACUGGGAGAAAAUAUUAUUCCUUAUGUUGCUGAUGGAGCGAAGGCUGCUAUUCUAGGCUUUACGUCACCAGUGUGGGCAGUGAGAAAUUCAUCCACACUUCUCUUUAGUUCCUUGAUCACAAGAAUUUUUGGAGUUAAGAGAGGAAAAGAUGAACUUUCCAAAACAAAUAGAAUGACAGGGACGCAGUUUUUCUCUCGCUUCCCAGAACUCUUUCCUUUUCUUCUCAAUCAGUUGAAAACUGUGGCCAAUAUGGCAGACAGUGAUGCGGGAGAGCCGGACCGUCAUCCAAGCAUGUUUCUCUUACUUUUGGUGUUGGAGAGACUCUACCCAUCCCCCAUGGAUGGCACCUCUUCUGCCCUGAGCCUGGCGCCUUUUGUUCCCUUCAUUAUGAGGUGUGGACGCUCACCUGUCUACCGCUCUCGUGAGAUGGCAGCUCGGGCCUUAGUCCCAUUUGUUACACUAGACCAGAUUCCUAAUACCAUCCAAACUCUAUUGGCCUCACUCCCUAACUGCACUGACCAGUGUCUCCGGCAAAACCAUAUUCAUGGGACACUUCUUCAGGUUUUUCAUCUGUUACAAGCCUACUCAGACUCCAAACACAGGACGAAUUCAGAGUUUGAGCAGGAGCUGACUGACAUCACUGUUUGUAUGAAAGCCAAACUGUGGCUGGCCAAAAGGCGAAAUCCAUGCUUGGUUACCAGAGCCGUGUAUAUUGAUACUCUACUCCUGUUGACUCACUGCCUCAACAAAACUGCACAGGGCCGCGAGCCAGUUCUGGAGAGUCUCAGCUUCUGGGAAGAAGUCAAAGGGAUCAUUUUGGAAUCAGAGCUCAUAACGGGAUUCCCCUGUACCUCCAAGGUGCCAGGCCUGUCCCAGUACCUCCAGAGACUCACCAAACUAGCCAUGGCUAUGGUAUGGGCAGCUGAGGCCAAGGCAGGAGAGCAUCGGAGCAACGUCCCCGUCUCCCUCUCUCAGCUGUUGGAGUCCUCUUUCCCUGAAGUGCGCUCGCUGACCCUGGAAGCCCUGUUGGAAAGGUCCUCCUCAGCAGAGAAGGGACGACCACCCUGGCUGUGCCACAUAGGGGAGAGGCUCCUGCAGCUGGCAAUGAAGGAAAAGCAGCCAGAAUGCUUCUGCAAGAUACUGAAGAUUCUCCAUUGCUUAGACCCCAUUGAGUGGCUUCCCCACACGGAACACUGGAUCCAUCUGACCCCAAGGGAGUUCUUGAUCUGGACCAUGGAUAUUGCUUCCAAUGAAAGAUUUGAAAUUCAGAGCGUAGCCCUGAGACUUGCCUCAAAAGUGAUUGCCCACCACCUGCAGACACGCGAAGAGAGCAGGGUCUCCAUAGCCCCUGAACUGAAGCAGUGGGUUCGGCUGGUGGUCCUGUCCUGCGAAGACCAUCUCCCCACAGAGUCCAGGCUGGCUGCUGCGCAAAUCCUCACAGGCACUGCGCCCCUAUUUCUCACCGCUCCCCAUCCUGUUCUAGAGUUGCAGGAUACACUUGCUCUCUGGAAGUGUGUCCUCAACCUCCUGCAGAGCGAGGAGCAAGUUGUCAGAGAUGCAGCCACAGAGACCGUGACGACUGCCAUGUCACAAGAAAAUACCCGUCAAUCAACAGAGUUUGCCUUCUGCCAGGUAGACGCCUCCAUCGCUUUGGCCCUGGCCCCGUCUGUGCUGUGUGACCUGCUCCAGCAGUGGGACCAGCUGGCUGCUGCUCUGCCCGUCCUGCUGGGAUGGCUGCUGGGCGAAGAUGACGACCUCACCACCAUAAAUGUGGACAGCACGCCUCAGGUGGGAGAUGACUAUCUGUUCGAGAAAGCAGAGGUCAACUUCUGGGCGGAGCCCCUGCUCUUCGUGAGACACCUCUGCCAGCACCUCUCCGGCCUCCUUUCCAAGUCCGGCUGGUGUCCCCCUACCCCCGACGGGCUCGGUCCCCUUCAGAGGACGCUGUCGGAGCAGUGCCAUCUCCUUCCUCAGCUCUUCGGAGAGUUGCCACCUGCUGCGGAGUUUGUGAAGACAGUGGAGUUCACCAGACUGCGCAUUCAGGAGGAGAGGACCCUGGCCUGCCUGCAGCUGCUGGCCCUUCUAGAAGGAAAAGAAGGAACCCCUUGGUCCUCAGUGCUGCAGGCUCUUCUCCACAAGAGAGUGUGCUAACUCUCCGCUGGACAGAGAAAGGGCCAUUGAUGCCAGAAGACUGGGGGCUGGGGAGGGUCUGCAGCGGCUUGCUGCGGUAAACCUGUCAGAGCACACUGAACAUAAAGUCCAAUGUUUUCCUCUUCAGGCCUCCCUCGCCUCUGCGGGGCUGGUCUUCUUGUCACUUCUUCCCAAGGAAUAUUUCUUCAGCUCAUUCAUUCAGUUUAUUGCAGCUACUGUAGGAAGUGAGGCUGCUGCACUGUUCCCAGGUGCAGGCCACCUGCAGGCCUGAAGGAGCCCUAACAUCCAGCCAGCGGCCACCCAGCGAUUUCUGAGUCCCCUACACAGAGCUGGGCUGGAGCCCCACCCACAAGGCCCGCCCCUCUCCUGGCUCAGGUAGGGGCUGGAUUCAUUGGCAUCCAGCCCAUUCAGUCAGGUUGCUAAGUUUUAUUCCAUUUUAGCAAAGCAGAAAUAUGUUCCAAGUGUUGGAUCCUGGAAGAAUUAAGUAAGGUUCAACUUCAUACAAACGAUUUUGGGGUGUGUGUGUGUGUGUGUGUGUGUGCCUGCCUGUGUGAGUCCUGCAGUAACCAACACAUUCCAUCCUAAUUAUUCAAAGAGCCAUUGAGAGUUCCGCCUGACCACUGCCUCCCUCCACCACCACUAACUCCCCACCCCCAUGCUUCUGCUCAUGCUGAGAAACCUGAUUUUGCCACUUGGUGAAAGCAUAGACGCUUGGCUAUUGGAAGGAACCUGGGGGAAGAGAGCCAGAAUAAAUGACUUGAAGGCUACACUGUUUACCAUCAUUUGCUUGGUGGCAACAAGAAGAUUCUCUUUUAAGACACCAGUAAACACAGUUAUCCGUUUCACUGAUCUAAUCUAGAAACCUUAAGGGUUUUCUGUUGUUCCAAGUCCAGCCCCAAUCCUCACACACCCAGCAGGUGGCGCCCUUGCACACAUUUUGUUGCUGAUCUUUUUCUUUGGCUUACAUUUUUAAUCUAUAAUUUGAGAAUAAAUGCUUCCCACAUAUUUGCUAUCUGAACAUUCAUAGCUUAGAUGGGCCACAGCCUUAUCCACACGCAUUUUUUUUUUCAUAUUAGGUAUCUGGAAAAGACUAUUUUGGUGAUAGCAUAAAAACCAGUUCCAGCUUUUUAGGUUCUGUAUUUUAAGAUGAGUGGGACAUUUUGAUUUUUUUUUUUUGGUAAGAGCGUCUGAAAAGCAGGUUAAAGAAGAGAAUGUUCAUUUCCUGGUGCAGAAAACGUGGUGUGAUCUGUCUCCAAAAGACAAACAAGUUGCUUCCCCUAAAAACGCAGCCAAUCCGAAGCAUGAAGGGCUUCAGAAAGUGAACUCCGCAUCCAAAGUUGUGUCCUAAAGAGAACAGGAAAUUCCCUGGGUGGUUCUGCAACCAGUCAGCCCGAAAUGUGGUUUUUCUUCUUCUUCUUCUUUUUUUUUUUUUUUCCUGUGAUCCUGAAAUAAUUACUUAGUUAAGCUUCUGUGUAGCCCACACCUGAGGGAAAGCUGCCAGCCUAACACUUCUUGUUUUGUGCUAAGACCUGCCUGGUGAGAAGGCUGGGGACUUCAGUGGCAACGUGGUGAUAAGUGCAGAAUAACCAAGAAAGCCCAGCCUGUUGGCAAAGGCCAGUGCACUUGAGUCUUACACUUCAAGUGAAAUAAAAGCAGUUACGUAAUGAUAGAA